AUGUUUUCGGUCGCAAUGAUACCAGACCGCCUCAUGUCGGCUGCCAAAGUCAUCGGAACCGUCUGGGCAGCACACCAAGCAUACAAGCUCGCAUCCUUCAUACAUCUGCACUUCCUUCAUCGAAGCACGUUGCAGCGCUAUCUGCACACAAAGCCCAAUGCAGCCGAACAUGAAGCAGCCUGGGCGCUGGUGACCGGCGCCACCGAUGGCAUCGGGCGAAGCUUCGCAGAAGAACUCUGUGCCACAGGCUUCAACAUCAUCCUCCACGGCCGCAAUCCCUCCAAACUCGAAGCAGAACGCGAAAAACUCCUCUCCCAAUGGCCCCAACGAUCCAUCCGCACCUUAUGCAUCGACGCCUCCUCCCCCAACUCGCAAGACCUUCUCUCCCAAGCCGCCUCCGAACUCACCUCGCUCAACCUCCGCAUCCUCAUCAACAACGUCGGCGGAACAGCCGGAAAACCGGCCUUCUACCCCCUGCAUGAACGCAACCCCUCCGACUCGCAAAUGUUCAUCAAUAUCAACCUCCGCUUCCCGACAGAAAUCACUCGGAUCCUCCUGCCCCAGUUACGCAACCACACGCCCGCCCUCAUCAUCAACGUCUCCUCCGCCUCGGCCGAUUUCGGCCUUCCAUACCUCUCCAUCUACUCGGGCGCCAAAGCAUACAAUCAAUCCUGGUCGCGCUGUCUAGCCUCUGAAAUGCGAGCCGAGGGCGUCGAUGUGGAAGUGAUUGCCUUAGUGGUGAGUGCCGUGGCGACAGAUAAUUAUGUGAAACCGCAAGGCGUAUUUGUCCCCGAUGCGAAGAAAUUUGCAAAGGUGGCGUUGGGGGCUGUGGGAUGUGGGAAAAGUGUGGUGUAUCCGUAUUGGGGCCAUCGGGUGCAGAGUUAUUUGUUUGAGUUGAUGCCGAUUUGGGUGGCGGAGAGGAUUGUGGUGAGUGUGGGGAGAAGGGAAAUGGCUGAGGAGGCGAUGCUGAGUGAGAAGACGCGGUGAUGCUGUUGGGUGUUUUGUCUGUCCUCUCCCAUCAUGUAUGAUAAUGAUAAUUACAUGUAUUUGAGGUGGCAUUUGCGACGGACAUGUCACUACCUCUGAGCUGUGCCGGCUGCACGUAAGGAUUUUAGGUAGAAUUGAAGAUUACCUACAGUAAUGAUUAUUGUG